UCGCGAGCGGCUUGGGAAAGCGGAGAGGAUGGGAGGCGUUGAAGGCGGGAGGGGUUCUCCUCUGACGUCGUCGUCUCCCACUCUGACUCUCUCGCCUCUGCAAUUCUGCGGCAUCAGGGCUGACUCAACUGUUCGCCGCCGCGAGUCACCGCCGAUGGGGUUCGCCGGGGGGGCGUGCCUGCUUGUCCUCUCCCUGCUCCUGGUCGCCGGGGCGGCCGCCACCGACCAGAUCUUCACCACUUCAGGUGUGCCGUUUGGGAAAAAUUCGCGCGAGCCGAGGUACCGUGUGGAGUUCCAUGCUGUCGAUUCGCCGUACCGCCCGGAAAUUGGCCAGGAAUCUGAAGCGAUGACUAAUCAUGAGGGGAAACAUUACACAUGCUUCCUACCAGUUCAAGAAACUAAAACCAUGAAGUCAAUUAUUCCGCAAAAUGCAACUAAUGUUAUAAUAGAAAGCGAUCGCAGAGUUAAACCAAAGGAGCCAGAUGAACUGCUGGAGAUUCUCAAGGAUCAAUGCUUUUACAGGCAUGAUGGUUGGUGGUCGUAUGAAUUCUGUUAUCAUGGCAAAAUCCGUCAGGUUCAUGUAGAGGGUGAGAAGGUCAUUCAAGAGUAUGUUCUAGGUGAAUACGACCCUGAUGCAACUGAUGCUUACCAUGAGAAUCAUACAUCUGAGUCCUCUGAUGAAGACAAUCACCUGAAAGAUAUUUCUACGAGAUAUCAUGUCCACCUGUACACAAAUGGGACUCUAUGUGAUCUUACAGAUAUACCCCGGUUCACAGAGGUUAGAUUUGUUUGUUCUGAGCCCACUGUACUUAUCAGUUCGUUAAAAGAGAUUUCUUCGUGCAAGUAUGUUUUGACAGUUCAAAGCCCAAUGCUUUGCAAGAACCCGUUGUUUCAGCAGGAAAAGCGCACCCUCUCCAUCCACUGCAACGAGUUGCUUGCUGAAGCCACCGAGGACGACGAUGAUCUCCCAAAAGAAGCUCAGAUGUCCAUCGUUCCAGAUCCAAAUGAAUUGCAUGAUUAUGCAGCUUAUGCCACCUGAUCACCUGCCGAAUGUGUUAUACUCGUCCAUUUAAGAACCAUUAUCUUGUAGGUACAAUGGCAAGUUGGCAACUCAGCACUGAGCAGCACUAUUCUUGACUGUCUUUUACCCUAAUUUAACAUGCUCGGUUUGAGCUUGUAUACAUUAAUCCGAAGCAGGCUGAGAUUAUCACACUAACACUAUCAUAGAUAUAUAGACAUGAAUAGCCAAGACUGUUUUUCUGUAGUAGAAGGAAAGAUUUUGAGACCAGUGGCUGCCUUCGACACUUGUUGCAAUGUUUAUAAAGACAAUGCAGUAAUCUUGGGAAGUGCAUUUUGUAAGCAACUUAUCUUUACAAAGUCCAUAUAUAUAUAUUGCCCUGUAA